AUGAUUACCGGAACGGAUUUCUAUCAUGUGAUGACGGCGAUGGUGCCGCUGUACGUGGCGAUGAUCCUGGCCUACGGCAGCGUGAGAUGGUGGAAGAUCUUCACGCCGGACCAGUGCUCCGGGAUCAACCGGUUCGUGGCCAUAUUCGCGGUGCCGCUGCUGUCCUUCCACUUCAUCUCCACCAACGAUCCCUACACGAUGAACCUCCGCUUCAUCGCCGCCGACACCCUACAGAAGCUGAUUAUGCUGGCGAUGCUCGCCGUCUGGUCCAGGCUGAGUAGCCGGGGCAGCCUCGAGUGGACCAUCACUCUCUUCUCCCUCUCGACCUUGCCCAAUACCCUCGUCAUGGGCAUCCCCCUCCUCAAGGGCAUGUACGGCGACUACUCCGGCAGCCUCAUGGUGCAGAUCGUCGUCCUCCAGUGCAUCAUCUGGUACACCCUCAUGCUCUUCAUGUACGAGUACCGCGCCGCCCGCCUCCUCAUCACGGAGCAGUUCCCCGACGUCGCCGGCUCCAUUGUCUCCAUCGCCGUCGACUCCGACGUCGUCUCCCUCGACGGCCACCGCGAGGGCGCCAUCGAGGCCGACGCCGAGGUCAAGGAGGACGGCAAGGUCCACAUCACCGUCCGCCGCUCCAACGCCUCCCGCUCCGACGUCUUCUCCCGCCGCUCUGUCGGCUUCUCCGCGACCACGCCGCGCCCUUCCAACCUCACCAACGCGGAAAUCUACUCGCUGCAGUCGUCCCGCAACCCCACACCGAGGGGUUCCAGCUUCAACCACACCGACUUCUACUCCAUGGCUGGGCGGAGCUCCAACUUCGGCGCCACCGAUGCCUUCGGCAUGGUAGCCACCUCCCGGGGUCCAACCCCCCGCCCGUCGAACUAUUACGAGGAGGACAACAUCGCCGCCGGAGGAGCCGGCGGCGCGAAAUCCAGGUUUCACUACCACACGGCGGCGGCGCCGCCUGUUUCAGCGGCAAUGCACAGCUACCCAGCUCCCAAUCCGGGGGUGCUCUCCCCUCCACCGACAGCGCCGGCGAAGACCGUGUCCAUGCCCAAUGCCGGCGGAGCGAGGAAGGCCAACGGGCAGCCGCAGGUCGUGGCGAAAGGGGACGAAGGAGGCAAGGACCUGCACAUGUUCGUGUGGAGCUCCAGCGCCUCGCCAGUUUCCGACGUAUUCGGCGGCGCGCAGGAGUACAGCACCGUGCCCCCAGACGCCGCCGCCGCUCCUGUCAAGGAUGUGAGGAUGGUCGUGUCGCCGGGAAAGGGUACUAACUACUCUAAACUCUCCUUUCCUCCGCCAUAAUUGCUGGACUACUGACGACGGGGUUAGGCGCAGUGGACGGCGGCCGGAGGGAGGACUUCUUGGAGAGGGACGACUUCAGCUUCGGCAACGAACGCGAGGCGCACGAGGCGCGCGGAAGUGGUAGCGACGUGGGGAAGGCGGCGAUUGGCGGAGGGAAAGCCGGGGGCGCCGACGGCGGCGGGGUGGAUGGGAAGGUGGCGAUGCCGCCGACGAGCGUCAUGACGAGACUGAUACUGAUCAUGGUGUGGAGGAAGCUCAUAAGGAACCCCAAUACCUAUUCCAGCCUCAUCGGGCUCAUCUGGUCCCUCGUCUCCUUCAGGUUAGGCUGCCAGUUCCAUAUCACCGGUCUAAUUCCUGCUGUCUCCCCUGUAAAACUCCGUCUUCAACCUGCGUGUUAUGCAGGUGGCAUGUGGAGAUGCCGGCCAUCGUCGCCAAGUCCAUCUCCAUACUGUCGGACGCGGGGCUCGGAAUGGCCAUGUUCAGCCUGGGUGAGUUAAUUCUCUCUUUAAUGAGCCCUAGUUGACCUUAUCUUCUUCUUCCCCGCUUCCCGCCUUGCUGUAUUAAAAGUACUGACGGGGCUACUUCCCCCCGCCCCUUGGCGGGUCUGAAAUGGUGUUUUCGGUGUGCUCGCUGAUGGCGGCGACAACUUCGACUGCGUCCGCAAUGGUGACGAGACAGGGCUGUUCAUGGCCUUGCAGCCGAGGAUCAUAGCAUGUGGAAACUCGGUGGCAGCCUUUGCCAUGGCCGUCAGGUUUCUAACGGGGCCAGCUGUCAUGGCCGCCGCCUCCAUCGCCCUCGGCAUCCGGGGCGACCUCCUCCGUAUCUCCAUUGUCCAGGUGAGAUCUGAUUCCCAUUCUCUUCUCUACCUGUCCAUCACCUCAUUCUACCUCUCCCUCUGUUUCUCUCUCUACUGUAAUUGCCGGCAAUUCUUUCUUACACCUACUUCCAGAUCUAGUUUUUUAUACGAAAAGAUACUAACUGUAUGGCUAUGGGCAGGCGGCCCUCCCCCAGGGGAUCGUCCCCUUCGUCUUCGCCAAGGAGUACAACGUCCACCCGCAGAUUCUUAGCACGGCGUCAGUCCACCUACCAUCUCCCUCCUACUUCCACUCCGCUGCACUGACGUCUUCUUCCUUGUCUUGUUUCAGGGUCAUUUUCGGAAUGCUGAUAGCCCUCCCGAUCGAUCUGAUCUACUACGUCCUGCUGGGGCUCUGA